CUCAUAUUAUAUAUCAACCAAAACUGCUCUCAUUUCUCCUUUUCUAUUAUCUUUCCCAACAUCACAAACCCCUUCUCCCUAGUCCCUACACCCUCAUCAUCCUUUUGGCGACUUUUGCAAGCUUAGGUAGAGAUGUCUCGCACGUGCUCGCAGUGCGGGAACAAUGGCCACAACUCUCGCACGUGCACCGAGGUCUGCGGCGGCGAAGGAGGCAGCACAUCUCCCGCUCCCGGAGAGAACGCGAUUAUGCUUUUCGGCGUGAGAGUCACUGAAGCCGGAAGCUCCUUCAGAAAAAGCGCUAGUAUGACGAAUCUGUCUCAGUACGACCAGCCUCCUCUUCAUCACGACUCUAACGCUGAAGCCGGAUACGCUUCAGACGACGUCGUUCAUGCCUCUGGUCGCAGUCGCGAGCGAAAGAGAGGUACUCCAUGGACGGAAGAGGAACACAAGCUUUUCUUGUUGGGAUUACAGAAGGUAGGAAAAGGAGAUUGGAGAGGAAUCUCCAGAAACUUCGUGAAGACUCGUACGCCAACUCAGGUGGCUAGUCAUGCCCAAAAAUACUUUCUCCGCCGUAACAACCAUAAUCGCCGACGCCGGAGAUCUAGUCUCUUUGAUAUUACAACUGAUACUUUCAUGAAUCCAUCAACAUCAAUGGAAGAUCUCACAAUCCUUCAGGAGGCUCCAUCAUCACUACCAGUACUGCCUCACCCACAACAGCCCUGUAAUAUUGGGCUCUUUCCAGUCUCAUCUUUUCCGAUGACUAUGGCGCGGCCGCUAGUCUUACCAAUCACUGUAGAAAACUCGGCGGAGAGUAGUCUCGCAUUCGAAUCCAGCAACCAAGGGAAUAAAACGCCGAUCUCCAAGCCAAUCCGGCCGAUUCCGCUUCACCCGCCCGUACAUCCGCCGCCAUCAGCGAAAAUGGCUGAUCUAAAUUUGAACAAGUCCUUAGAGCCCUCGCAUCUAUCACUGAAGCUCUCAGGACCUUCAUCGUCAUCGACGGGUGAACCGUCGCAGUCCCCCCCGCCUCAACGACCGCCGCAACAUCCACCCACUAAUUUUCAGGCUAUGCCGAAAGGUGACAGCAUCAUUAGUGUUGCUUGAAGAGUAUUAAUCAAUUAAUUAUUAUUCCAAAAGAAAAAAAACUCAUUUUGAUGUGUAUUAUAUUAUAGCUAACUAGCAAGAAAGAAGUGGGAUUAGGGACAAAAUUUAUUUAAAAAAAUGGAUUGAUUAGACAGAAAUGAAUGAUUAGGUUGUCAAUUAGUUAGGCUAAUUAGUCUUUGUUCCUUGUAUGUAAAGAUAAUAAUUAGUGAUUAAUUAAGAUUCAGGAUUAAAAUAUGGGGUGUCGUUUUCAAUGUGGGGAUUCUCGUUUGAUUUGUUGUUUGGUUCUUUUUUUUAGGGUGGAAAGUAUAGUAAUAAAAUGCACAGCCUGGUCUGCGUUUUUAUUCUUCA